UUCCUGGGAUGGGCGUCCAAGAAAAAACAAACAUUUGGCACUUAGAAGAAUUAUGCUUUAAGCUGAGAAACAAAUAAAACAAGCGACAAUGCGACGCUCAAUCAGCGAAACAGAACAUUCCGAAUCGGACCUGUCCUCCGGCGCCACAACGGAGAGCAAUUCCAGCGAUUACGAGCAGGAGGAUAGACACCACAGCAGCAGGGUCCACGACUCCACCACCGCCAAGCGAGACAAUGUCAUGCUGCCCAGGCCCUGGGCGUCGAGUGGCGGUUGGAUGUGCUUUCUGAUGCCGCUGGCCUUGGCCUCACGCUUUCUAAACGCUCCGCCCUGCAAGGAGCAGGUCCAUCUCCAUCUGAUGUUGACGGUGACAGCCGCUGGCAUGUGCGUGGAGACACUCUGCUUCUUCGUAUACUUCUUUGCGGACACAAGCAUACUGGCCAAAUGCAUCAUCAGCCUACUGCCGGGAACAUUCACCGCACUUGGUUUCGGCUUCUGCCUGGGCACCUCCUGGUUGUUUGCUGUGGUCGCGGGGUUCCUGAUGAUAGCUGGCUACCAGCACUUUUACGUCUGCAUGAUGCGUGGCUUCUCACGGUGCUUCACCUACGGCGAGGCCUCCAUUCUAUUCCAAGGUCUUAUGCUGUUCGUGAUAAGCGCCACUUACCGGCUCUACGAACUGUGCUCCGCGGACGCGGAUGCCAAGACCUUUAGUGAUUUUGACCGACUUAAUCUUAUAAUGCUGAAUGCUUUGAUGUGGCUGCUCAUUCUCUGCGUGCUGGUGAUCGCAGUUCCACGGCUGCGUGGGCCUAUUCCUUUCUACCUGUUGCUGGGCCUCCUCGUAGUGGCAGUCACCAGUGCCCCCGUCACCAGUCCUGUGCCAAUUGUGGCUCUGCUACAGUUCAUCUUCAGGGACCCUAAGCGACUGCAAAUCAUCGGCUUCUACCUGGUACUCGUUCUAUUGACCGGCGCCACCGUCACCUGGCAACUGCGGCACACCGUUCAAGCCAACACCCGAGUCCGUAAGAUAUUCCACCUGUUGAUAGUGCUUGUCUUCGUUCCAGGAGUGCUCUUUCAGUGCACUCUACUGUACUUAGCCACGGGCAUAGCGCUGGCGGCAUUUGUGGUCCUGGAGCUGAUGCGACUGCUAGAGAUACCUCCAUUUUCGGACAGGCUGACCGAUGCUUUCCACUCCUUCCGGGAUGAAAAGGACGCUGGGGUUCUGGCGCUGACCCCGUUCUGCCUGCUUAUUGGAUGCUCCAUGCCCCUAUGGCUGACUCCUUGCCCCUGCUCCGGAAAAGAUACUUUGAUCCUGCUCUCGGGCAUCCUGGCAGUGGGCGUGGGCGACACCGCGGCCAGUGUGGUGGGCUCCAAGAUGGGACGCAACAUGUGGGGAAAUUCCUCACGUUCCCUGGAAGGCACUAUCGCCUUCGUGAUGUCCAUCCUUCUGUCCGUCUGGCUGCUGGAGGCGACCGGUCUGCUGGCCAUGACACAGGCCAAGUGGUUCGCAACCAUUUUCGCAGCCAUCAACUCAGCCCUGGUGGAGGCCUUCACCGACCAGGUGGACAAUCUGGUGCUGCCCCUAGUCUUUUAUAUACUCGUUGGCCUGGCCUGAUUCUGAUCUCCUUGAUCUAUAACAAAUUAUGUAGGUAUCAAUGCAUCAUAUAUGUAUACUUACAUACAUACAUACGUGUA